AUGGCGGAUCACGCGGUGGUCCAUUGGCUCUACUCCACCAUCGCCCCGGAGCUGCUCGAUGCGGUGAUGCAGCCCGAUGACUCCGCCCUCGCUGUCUGGACUGCCGUCGGCGCGCUCUUCACCGCCAACCAUCUCUCACGCGCCGUCUACGUCGACGCCGAGUACCACGCUGUUGUUCAGGGCGAGAUGUCCAUCAUGCAGUACUGCACGAAGUUGAAGCUCUUCGCGGAUCAGCUUCGCGAUCUGGGGCAACCCGUCACCGAGACCCGCCAGGUAUUCCAUCUCCUGCGUGGUCUUGGUCGUCAGUACCACCAUGCCAUCCCGCAUAUCACUGCUCGCGUGCCGCUCCCCACCUUUCUGGAGACUCGCGCCUUCCUCAUGCUCGAGGAGCACCGCGCCGAGCAGUCCGCGCGCCUGUAG